ACUAGUCGAGCACGCGAAACGGAAUCAGCCGUCUUGCGUUCUGUGGCACCCACGCCUACGCCAUGAAGAUGAUGAGCGGCCUUGUUUUUUUUUUUUUUUUUUUUAAAAAAAAAAAUGGUCUGAGCAAUUGCAAGCUGGGGAUAAUCACUUACCCUGACUCGCGAAUCGCCGCCACUUCUUCAGCUUAUUAGCUUUGUUUACUUUCAGUUUUCCUCAACCAGGGGCAGACAUGGCGUCUUUAGCGACAGCUGAAGCUUGUGAUACAAAUGCAGCACUUCUGGCUAGUGGUGACCUGCGGGUACUGCAACCCGUUUUCCAGAUUUAUGGUCAGUGUCGAGCAUUCUCAGGGACCAUAGUCACUCUUAAGGUCUUUGAGGACAACGUGCUGGUUAGGGAGACUCUUGAAACUAGAGGCGAAGGCAGAGUACUUGUAAUAGAUGGUGGAGGAAGCAUGAGGUGCGCCUUGGUAGGAGGAAACUUGGGACAGCUAGCCCAAAAUAUGGGUUGGGCUGGAAUUGUAGUCAAUGGGUGCAUUCGAGACGUGGAUGAGAUAAAUUCCUGCGAUGUUGGAAUUAGAGCCUUGGCAUCCCACCCCCAGAAAUCUAACAAAAAGGGUAUUGGUGAAAAGCACAUCCCAGUUGUUGUUGCAGGAACCUUGAUCCGCAAUGGGGAAUGGCUGUAUGCAGAUAGUGACGGCAUCCUUGUAUCAAAAACUGAGCUUUCGGUUUGACCGAAGCCUGUGGCGCUGGAAUCAGUUGCUAAGGAAGAUUUUGAUUCAUGAAAUGUAAUAAGAGCAUUUGUACCAUGAACAUUGACAUUAUUGAAUUGAUGAUGAAUUAUUUGACAAGUUCAGCUUA